AAAUAGUAUUCCCAUUUCAUUCAAACUCGUAGUGACUUUUUAAAGGUUACGUACAUAUUUGAUUUUAUUUACUUCAAUAAUAAUUAUGCCGUUAUUCGGAAGUAAGUUUUCCCCCAAAAAAACGCCACAUCGAAAAAGUAGCGUGAACGUGAACUCUGAUAAGUUGCUCGAGGAUUUAGUCGGGGAUCAGCGACUGGUGAAAAUCAACUUGAACGGUCAAGAAUUGAUUUUUGAAAAUGGCGAAUGGAUACCCAGUUCCGGUAAGAAUAGUUCGACGCAUAAGCUGAACCAGAAAUUGCGAAAGAAACUUGCGGAAUUGCAAGAGGAGAACAAUUUGCUGAAGGUGAAGUACGAGUUGGUGCUGAACAUGUUGACCCAGGCCACCGCGGAGAGCCAAGUGAUGGAACGUGAGUUGGAGGUACUUAAGAAAUCCAGCAGAAUAAAGUCACCAUAUAAAUAAGUCAUUAUUGUAGAUUUGUAAUAUAAUAUAAGGUAUUUAUUUAAUCUUA